AUGAAUGAGUCAAUUGAAUCAACAUCUUCAAAUACAUCAAUACAACCACAACCUGAAUCACAAUCUAUAACGCAACAAAAUUCACAUUCUGCGCCACAUCAUCAUCAUCAUCAUCAUCUACAUCAUGUUCAUCAUAAUCAACAUUCUCAUCCAACUAAUCCUCAUCAUCAUCAUCAUAUAGUACAUCAUCAUCACCAUCCACCACAUCAACAUCACAAUCAUAACAAUGUUCAAAACAAUAACAAUAAUAUUGAUAAUACUGAUACCAACAAUGUCAACAGUAACAUCAGCACCACCAAUAACAGCACUAAUAUUAAAAAUAACGUAGAGACUUCAAAUUUGAACUCAAUUAUACCAAUAAAUCAUACAACAAAACUUACAAAUUCACGACGUAUCCCUAAAUUAAAUAUAGAACCAAUAGAAAAUAUCAUAAAAGAAUUAUUUCCACAUAGACGAUUUUUAGGUACAAUAACAUAUAAUCCAACGACAACAUGGGAAACAAUUCAAACAUCAAAUUUAUAUGGAAUAAGUAAACAAUUACAUCAAAGAUUUGAAGAAAUUAAAAAAAAUUAUAUAAAAAGAUUAAACAAUCACGACCAAAUUUUAUAUAAGAAAUAUAUUCCAUGUAUACCUCCACUACCUAAAGAAUAUAUAAAUAGUAUAAUUGAAAUUAAAAUUCCAUAUAGAUUUAUAAUUGAAUUUAAACAAGAUUUAAAUAAUGAAAUUUUAAAUAGAGAAUUAUGGGGUGGUGCAAGUGGAAUAUAUACUGAUGAUUCAGAUAUUUUACAAGUUUUAUUACAUAUGGGAUUUUUCAAUAAUACAAUAAAUUUAAAAGUGUGGAAUAAAAAAUGGAAUUCUAAAGAUAUUAUAAAACCAAUAUAUUUUGAAAAUUAUGAGUCACUAAAAAUUAAAAGAACCAGUCUGGAUAAAAACAAAGAAAAUCAAGAAGAAAACCCAAAAGAAAACCAAGAAGAAAAUAAUACCAACAAAGAAGAAAUUCAAAUGAUUGAUGAUGAAGUAUAUGGAGAUUUAUCAGUACAAAUUUUACUUUUACCACCUUUACCAAAAUAUUAUGGAUUUUUUGCAAAUGGUAUAAAUUCAAGAUCUUGGAAUAUUGAACAACCAAAGAAUCAACAACAUAAUGGUUUAAGUUUUGUUAUUUAUAAUAUAAAUUGGGAGAAAAGAAAUUCUUUUUUACAAAAUAAGAUAUUUCAUGAAUUAGUUCAAAAUGAAAAUUAUAAUGAUUUUGAUAAUGUAUAA